AUGUCUGCUACCCAGAACCUCCACUUUUUUGUCCCCUUCAUUGGAGCAAGCAAGGGUGAUGACCUGCUUCCUUCCAGCACUGAGGAUUAUAUCCAUAUGAGAAAAGGCAGCAAGACCCUUACCACAGUCCAAGAGAUUGCUGAUGGUUAUAAAAAGAAACUGGUGAUGGUAUUUAAGAAGAAAUUUGCCUGCAACAGUAGUAUUGUCAUCAGGUGUCCAGAAUAUGGAGAAGUAAUCCAGUUCCAGGGUGACCAGCACAAGAACAUAUUCCAGUUCCUGGUAGAGAUUGGACUAGCUAGCGCUAAUCAGCUGAAGAUUCAUGGGUUUUAA